AUUUACCCUGAAGUCCCUCCACUUCAGUCACAAGCAUUCAGGAUGUCAAGAACACCUGUCAUAUUUCUUCUCUUCAGUCUGUCCGGGGCAGCUGACGCCCUGUACAAGCAGUGGAUCCCGGACACUAACUACGGAAACAAGACCAACUGGGACAAAGGGUCAGUGCCUUGCGGUAAUGACAUAGUGAAGUUCUUGGCCCAGAGGAACAUUUCAGUGUAUGUUAAGACAGUUCACUCUAUCCAGGAAAUGUGGUUACCGGUGAAUGGGGAGUUCAUCCUGCCCUCAGGGGGAGGCUUCACCGUCAAUAGCGGCGGUGAACCUGGUUGCGGAGCGGGCGUCACCACCCAGUUUAAAGAUGCUGAGUCUCUGCAGUGGUUUGACCCUGAACUGUGGAAGGCGGCCGCUUCUUUAGACGACUUGGAGAAAGGUCGCUUUCUGUUCUCGGUUCAUGAAGAGAGCGUUCCCUGCCAGAACGACGAUGUAGUGUUCCGCGAUGGCACCACUUUCCGCGUGGACACCACCUCCAACAAGCUGAUCGUCCCCGUCCAGAGUGUUACUGUGCUCAGCAAGAAGUUCAGCCGCAGCUCUGAGUUCAGCCAGUACCUGGGGUCGCAUUCAGGCCAGAUGCAGUUUCACGGCUCUUCUGCCCCCAGUGUUGGGGCUGCAACCUGUGAAGACGCCUCAGGCUGCAACUGUGGGAACUCUGUGAAUCACGACAGGAUCUGCAGCAAAGUCAAAUGCGCUCCUAUGAGCUGUAAGAAGCCGCUGUACCCCACUGGACACUGCUGCGAUGUGUGCGGCGCCAUCGUCACCGUCCAGUAUACGUUGGGCUUCAACCUGGAGUCUUAUCGGAACAGACUGCAGCAUCUCUUCCUUAGUCUGGCCUCCUAUCGGUCCAUCCACCUGGGCAUGUCCAAGGUGCUCAAAUCCCAGUUGUUCCUCGGGGUGAUUCCACGUGCAUCCGUCGCUGUGAUCCAGAUCGUGCUUCUGGAUGGUGAGUCCGGUGAGCUGGCAGAGGCCCUGGCUCGUGACAUACUCAAUGACGUCCAAGACCAAGGCUCGAACCUGGGCAUAUCCGGGGCUGAAUUUCAGGCCUCCUCCGGGGCCAGCAGCGGUGACGGUGGGAAGGGAAACGCAGGAGUGGUCGUGGGUGCAGUGAUAGGAGUCAUAGUAUUGGUCGCUGGAAUCCUCGUCCUGGCUGUCCUCUACCGUAGAGGCAUUGUGAAAAUCCCGACGAUGCCCACCAUUUCUGUUCCUUCUCUAAGCAGCCUGAGGCAAAGCAAGCAGGAGAUUGGUGAGUUUACAGACCACGGCUUUGAAAACCCUAUAUUUGAUCAACCAGUUGUAAUGCCGGAAGUACCAGGGAUCUAUGGGAGUGAAGCCAUGAACUCCAUUGCUCUGAAAUCUUCAGGUGUGUAUUUUACCAACCCCGCGUUUGAUGAAAAUGAGACCUCAGUAGAUUUCACAGUCUGAGACUUAAACCACAUAGUAUCAGUUUUGUCAGAAGUUACCAGGUCCCAAUGGAAAUGUUCCUUUAUAUAACCCUCCAAGUCAAAAGUACAUGAUGAAACUCUGAAUGCUUUACCGCUCACCUUUUUACCCAGAAGAUGAUGACAAUUUGUUUUUGAAUAUUAUAUACAUCAGUAAGGAUAAUGUAGCUAGUCUAACCAAUGGUAAUGUUAAGCAAGCUAAUUAACUAACCGCAAUAGAAAUGUUAGCAAACAUGUAAAGCUAGCUUAGACCUACUCAGUUGAAGAAUUGUUUCUACUUCAAAAGCAUUUUAACACAAAAAUGUCAGCCUAACCAUUUCAAUCAGUUUCCUAUUUCCAACAAGCUAGUGAAGCCAGCAUGUGUCAUGGUAUCUGGCUG